UGCCUACGAAAUGUCUCUGUUAAAGUUUGCCAACAAGGAGAAUGUACUGGUGUUAACCACGCCAAAGCGCAAUAAACUGCUCAAGGACGGUCCGUCCGAGAUUAAGCUCAACAGGCGUCAGAUUUUAGGCCGGGGCGCUUUUGGCACAGUUUUCAAGGCCAUCUAUUGUGACCAGCCAGUGGCAUUGAAAAUUAUAAAAAGCAGCGCCAUUGAUACGCUGCAAAAUGAGGCACACGUCUUAAACUGGCGGCACAAGAACAUUGUGCGUCUCAUCAAACUGGAAUCCACACCAGAGUUUGGACUACUCAUCAUGGAACGUACGAAUGGGUUGUGCCUGCAGCGUGUUCUCGACACGCUUGCGUUGCCCUUAGUGCAUCGAGUGCUCAUGACGAUGGAUAUUCUGGCUGCAUUGCAUUAUUGUCAUUGCCAAAACGUGUUGCAUUUGGAUGUGAAGCCAUCGAAUAUACUAGUUGCACUGGGCACCAAGCCAAGCGGCAUUGGAAAAUUUGGUCAAUUGAAACGCAGCUAUUUAUGCAAACUGUGCGACUUUGGUGGUUCCAUUCGGCUGGGUGAUGUCUGCGCUGACCAGAGCAGUGCAAGGGGCACACUUCGUUAUAUGUCGCCAGAAGCGUUGCGUGCGGCACCGUUGAGCAGCGCCUCGGACAUUUAUUCGCUGGGCAUUACGAUGUGGCAGCUGCAGGCGCGUCGCCUGCCCUUUUAUAUGCUCACCUGCAAUGAAUCCAUUGCCUAUCAGGUGGUCAAGCAUGAUUUGCGGCCUGAUAACUAUGAACUGCUUGAGGCACUCAAAAGGGGCUCCUCCGAGCAUGCACCUUUAAUUGGCUGCGAUUGUGCCGAAAUAGGGGCCAACUCUGCGGAUCUUAUUUGCAGCUAUGUGAAUAGAGUUAAUCCACAGUCAGAUGUUGAUUUGUACAAAAAACCAAAUAUGUUUGCUCGUCGCAGUCUCAACUUUGAGGUCACAACACAUGGCCGUGUGCAGAAGCGCCAUAAGCAGCGCAAGCAGCCGCGAUUAGCCCACUACUUCGAUGGUCUAUCAACGGCUUUGGCCACGUGCCUGGAGAGUGCAUAUAGCGAUCUGUAUAGAAGCUGCUGGCUCAGUCAACCCGAAUUACGCUUGAGCGCUCUUCAGCUACAGAAACGCCUAGAACUGAUUCUGGCCAAGUGUCUAACUUAAGAAUAUAAAUUAUUCGAUUAGGUAGCAGUGUAUUACACUGUUUUUAAUGUUUUAUAGCGUAUGCGUCUUAUGAAUUUAUGUUAAUGGUUAAAUUUAUGUAAAUUGGUU